AUGCCGCCCGCCGGUCAACAAGAUUCCGAUUUUCUGAAGUACGCGAUGGAGUCGUACGUGGCCGACGUGAACGCCGAGAUGGGCAAAACGACGAUCGUGUUCACGCUUCGCGAGAAGGCCGGCGCUUUGGCGGAGACGUUGAAGCUUUUCCAGGCGCAUGACGUGAAUUUGUCGCACAUCGAGUCGCGACCAUCGAAAACGCAUCCCGGCAGCUAUGAGGUGCUCGUCGAGUUCGCCGCCGACGCGGAUCCGAAAAAAAUCGAGGAGAUCAUUCAACAUUGUCAGAAGAACACCGAGAAGCAGGUCAUCGUGCAGGAUUGGAACACGAAGAGCAAACAGAACAAGGACUCGGUGCCGUGGUUUCCGCAGAAGAUCGCCGACAUCGAUCAGUUCGCGAAUCGCAUCCUCUCGUACGGCGCCGAGCUCGACGCCGAUCAUCCCGGUUUCAAGGACGCCGAGUAUCGCGCGCGUCGCAAGUUCUUCGCCGACAUCGCCUUCAAUUUCAAACACGGCGACAAAAUCCCGCGAAUCGACUACACCGAACAGGAGAUCGCCACGUGGCGUACCGUCUACAACGAGCUGACGACGUUGUAUCCGAAGCACGCGUGCAAAGAGUUCAACUACAUUUUUCCGCUCCUUCAACAGAAUUGCGGUUUCGGUCCCGACAAAAUCCCACAACUGCAGGACGUCUCCGAUUUUUUGAAGGACUGCACCGGCUACGUGAUUCGUCCCGUCGCCGGACUAUUGUCGUCGCGCGAUUUUCUCGCCGGCCUCGCGUUCCGCGUCUUCCACUCGACGCAAUACAUCAGACAUCAUUCGGCGCCCAAAUACACACCGGAACCCGACAUUUGUCACGAGCUUCUCGGCCACGUGCCGCUGUUCGCCGACGUCGAGUUCGCGCAAUUCUCGCAGGAGAUCGGGCUCGCCUCGCUCGGCGCCCCCGAUGACAUCAUUGAGAAGCUCGCAACACUCUACUGGUUCACCAUCGAGUUCGGCCUCUGCCAACAGGACGGCGAGGUGAAAGCCUACGGCGCCGGACUGCUCAGCUCGUUCGGCGAGCUUCAAUACGCGUUGAGCGACAAACCCGAAGUGUUGCCGUUCGAUCCGGCCGUCACCAGCGUCACGAAGUAUCCGAUCACCGAAUAUCAGCCGAAAUAUUUUCUCGCCGAAUCGUUCGCCAGCGCCAAAAACAAACUCAAAUCGUGGGCGGCGACGGUGCCGCGGCCGUUCCAAAUCCGCUACAACGCCUACACGCAGCGCGUCGAGAUUCUCGACAAGGUCGGCGCACUUCAGCGUUUGGCGCGCGACAUCCGCAACGACAUCUCAACGUUGGAAGACGCGCUCGGCAAAGUCGGCGCGCUCAAGCUAAAGUUUUAA